UUAAAAAGUAAAUGGAAUCUUUCGCGUAUGGUAGCGUUGAAUGGAAGUGGUAAAGAAAGAAUUUUUCAUAUUUUACCUCGUCAUUUUUCUGUCUAUAAUCAAGAUAAUUUUUUUCGAAAUUUUCAAAUAAAAAUUUUAUCAAAUAAAUUUACAGCUGUAUUAAUAAUGAAAACAACAACAUUAAUCUGGCCAAGUUUCGCUAUAAAUAGCCCGAAAUUUUUACCAAAUUUUAUUUAAUUUUUCUUUUUUUUUCUUUCUUUCUUUCGUCAUUCAUUCGCUAGAUUGCAACCAAAUUAUUUCAACCAUGAAGAUUCGAUCAAUAUUUCAUCAUGUUUCACAACUAUUAAUGGUCAUCAUUGCCACGACGACGAUAAUGGUGACCGAUGGUUCAAUUUCCACGGCAAAACAUUGUAAACGUGCUGAUCGAUGUGCAUUGACAUUAAUACCAUUGACGGAUGCUAAAUUCAUGUCCAAACCUCCGAGAACACCGCAAGAAUUGAAUGAAUGGUGCAAACGUGUUGCACCACAAGAACGUUGUCUAAAAGAUUUUGCCAAUAAAUGUCUGGAUAAACAAUCCAAACAAUCAUUAUCAGUUAUGAUGUAUAGUUUUUCACGAACGAAUAAACGUUUGUGUACGAAAAAACGACGUCAAGCAUUUCUGAAUCUUAUUGAAUGUGGCCAUAAAGAAUUGCCUAUGUUUGCAAAUAUUCUUAAAAAUUUAACCACAGAUUUUCAUGGAAUGACGUUUAAACAACAAAAUUUACGUAUACCAUUAGCUUGUUGUUCCUAUUAUAAAUGGAAAAAUAUUGCCGUUACAAAAGUCAUACAAAUGUGUCCAGAUAAUGACGCAGCACACGAAGAAGUGGAAAAUCUUCUGAAUGGUUAUACAAAUGAUUUAUUAGCUGUUGUUUGUGGUGAUUAUACGGAAGAAUCGGAUAAAUGUGAUAAAAUUAUCCAAAAAAUACCUGAAUGGAAACAACCGUUACGUUGGAAUAAUUUUAUUAUACCAUUGGUCGAAAUAUUCGAUAGUAUCGAUGAUAAUAGUGCUGGUGAUGAGGAUGCUGGUGUUGUAUCAUCAUCGCAAUGAAUUUUUUUAAGAUAAAAUGACAUUUCAUUUUUGAAAUAAAUAAAAAUAUGUUACA